UCCACAGCCUGCUCACUGAACCCAAUUCCAAUCCAAAAUACCUUGUUGGCCUGUAAUAUUUCCACUAUCUAAAAGGCGGACUGAAUGUUGCAGAUACCAAUAGUGCGCGCGCACACAGAUUAUUCAAUCUAACUUUUCGUCUGCUUUGAAGUCAUUUUGGGUUUUGCAAUGCAGCGCAGUUCGGACAGGCAUAUCGAGGCAUCUAACGACUGACAUGUUGCCUACGAAGAGGACAAUGUGUGGUGGAAUCUUUAAGGACAAACUACCCGGUUUGUGCAGUCGGUACAAGUUGAAAUUUCUGAAGCUGGCUUCUGCGGAAUGCUAAAUGAAUGUGGAUUUACUGUGAACCAAUUUCCUCAACUCUUGUUUUUGAGAAUUGACCCCAAAGUUUAUCGCGUUAAAACCACAUCCCGAUGCAGGGCAUCGUUUAGGCGAUGAAAAAAAAACUAGUCGAAAUCAAAUUGUGCAGGCAUUGCUUACAUCAUUGUGAAGCUUGGACGAAACAAGGAGACGCGAGGAAGAGAAAAUGAUCCAGGGGACGUUCAUUUUUUUCUGCGCUUGGGGUCUAAUAACAAUGGAAACAACCGGCUUUUAGGACCCGGAGGACAUCUCAAUGAGUGGUCGGGGUUGGGGUGGGGGAAUGCCACUGCGCAUGAGCACAAUUUCUGAGAAUAAAAACUUCAGGGCAGACAGUGGGAAAAAAAAGGCAGGAAAACAGUGGGAAGUGGGCAUUCAGUAGCUUCAGCAUUACAAAGUCGAGCCUAGCCAGGGACCGACCUUAGGACUGAGCAUUGAAAGGAACAGCUUGUGGUAAGACUGGAACCAGGGUUGUGUUUGAGGGUUUUUUGUUUUAGGAAGGGGGGGUGUGGGUGGUUUUGGGGAAAAUCUUUGCUGAAUUCACAACAAGGAGUGGAGAGCAGAGCGUUCGUGGGGGGCAGGUGAGUUGACAUCGUUCCUUUAGUCCAAAGUGAGUUCAUUCUGCAGGAUUUCCCUUUAGGGUCUGGGUGUCCGACACUCACCCACAGGGACUGCCGGCGUGCGGGCUUCGCCACCUACUGCAGGAGAACCCGUGCUAAGCAAUGCCGAGGAUGCAAAAUCAAUUCAGAAGUGCCAAAAGCCUGCGAGACAGCCGCUUAGCGCAAGGGCUGAGUGAGCGGAGGGGAGCCGUGCUCUGUACGAUGGACAGUUCCUGGUCUGCACACCAGGGGACGCGCGGUUCCAGUCUUAGUGCAGUUUAACUCUGAGCCGUGAGGCACCCAACACUCAGGCUGGCCGCCCAGGGAACAGAAAAGCCACCUGCACCGACAGAUUCAAACCAGUCAUUGAUACCUCCUGGGCAGAGUGAAAGGUUCGGUUCUCUCACCCCCCCCCCCCCCUCUCCGCCUGUGACUUUAUUAAUAUCUGUACAGAGCAGCACACUGUCCCUGAGGUUUGGAAAGCAGCAGUCUCUCUCCAUUCCAAAAUAUUUGCGAGUGAUGCCGUAUUUAGAGCUGCCCGAUAUUCCUGGGACAUAAGGGUGUGUGUGCAUGUGCUGGUGGGGAAGUUGCCAUGUGAAACUGACCUGAAAUUGUGUUGCACAUGACGAAUGAAGGGUUAACCCGUUCGAUUCCUAUUGCAGUUCUAACACAGAGAUAAGACGGAGCUGUUUUACGUAGCGUACAGACCAUCCCUGUUUCAAUUACACAAUAUUUCACAAACAACCUGUUCAGGCAUCUCCCGGACAAGAGGGAGUUGAGCUCGGACCCUUUUGGCUUAGAGGUACGGACACUACCGCUGUCUCACUAAAGCCCAUCUCUGUUUAAUGCGUGAUUUUUUUUUGGUAGAACCCCACUGACUUAAUGAACCGUUCAACAUGUAGGGGGCAUCUUUUCUUCAAGUCUGAAACUGGAGGCGAUGGUUAGACGGGAGGUGGUUGGGAGAGCAGAAUAAAACGUCCUUUUUAUUUACAAAAAAUGAUGCUGCAUUAUCUUAUCACUGGAUGACGCAUUUGUUAUUUUAUAAACAAAAAAAAUCUCGUUCCGUGGUAAGGCUCGAAUUCGAGUUCAAAUGAAUGUGGAGACAGAGGAGGAUCUGGGUUAAAUACUAUUUUUGGACUUAUUCAUCUUCCUCGCUAUUCCUUUGUUCAGGCCUCAGCAUGCAUUGGUUAACCACAUGUCUGAAACGAGAGCAUUCUGCUAUAGAAGGUAUAUUUUUCCAGUCUUUGGAAAAGUCACAUAUUUACAUGUGGUGAUGUGCACUGCUCUAUCGUUGCUGUUCAAGGAGAAAGAAGCACAAGCUUAACAAAAUGCAGUGCUUUAAAAACCUCAAAAGGAUGGAACGAUUGUAAGCCUCAGAAUCUAACAGUACUUGAGGUGGAAGCCAGGGGGAAAGGGCAUGGCCAAACCCUUCGUUCGAGUACAGAGAUUUCUCCGGUGGACACCCAUACUUUUCGUUUUCCUCAUUGGGGCCUACCUGAUGGCUGGUAGCCUACUGCUACUGCAGCGGUCAGGGUUCUCCAUACAGUUGGGCGCUCGUGGUGUCUCCAACAACCAGCCAACAUGUGUCACAACUGUCCUAGAGAAAGCUAUUUCUGAUCCCGAAACAAUAUACAGCUUGAAGUACAAAUCCAAGAUGCCAGUUAACAUGCAGGUAUGGGACGAGCCGGUUACGAACAGGAAAUUUGGACCACGUUGGCUAAUAUCAGGACACCCUGAAAUUGGUCAUUUGAGAAGAAGAUGGUUUAACAGCUUUGUGAAGGAACAAGAGCCAAAGCAAAGACUGGAGAUUGGAACAGUAAAGAAAACAAUUGGAAGUAAAGCCACACACAUAGGAUGUUUCAGAGAUGAAUCAAAGGAGAAAGCUCUGAAAGGAGCGGUGUUUUAUGACUUUCGAAAAAUGACAGUUUCUCAAUGUCAAGACAGUUGUGCAGAAAGAGGUUACCUGUACGCUGGUCUGGAAUAUGGUGCAGAAUGUUACUGCGGAAAUCGAAUUACUUCAAGCAGUGCAAGGCAGGAGGAUUGCAACAUGGAGUGUAAAGGGGAAAAGCGCACAGUCUGUGGUGGAGUGAACAGAUUGUCAGUGUACAAAGUAGAAGACCUCCGACCGAGCAACAAACGAUAUAGGAAUGUUCUCUAUCGAGGAUGUUUCAAGAUACCCAAGAAUCUAACUGCAACCUUCCCAGUCUACUCAAUCCAGCCUAACUUGACUGUUGCUAAAUGCACUGAGUUCUGCACAAAAAAGGAAUUUCCCCUCGUUGUCAUCAGGAGGACUGAAUGUUACUGUGGUUUUGCCACAACUAACUUCACACUUCACGACAUUGCGAAUGACCAACUUUGUGGAAAACUGUCAAGUGACACUGCAACCGAGUUCUUGGGAGAUGAGAAUUACUGUGUUAUCUAUCAGACUCCUGUCCUAGACACCAGAUGUACAGAUAGGAAGUUCCUGCCUACAAAAACAAAGGUAAUGGUGGCUCUCUCCAGCUUCCCAGGUGCUGGAAAUACAUGGGCACGGCAUUUGAUAGAACACGCCACUGGGUUCUACACUGGAAGUUAUUAUUUUGAUGGAACUCUUUAUAACAAAGGUUUCAAAGGGGAAAAGGACUACUGGAAAAGUGGCCGGACUAUAUGUAUAAAAACUCACGAAAGUGGGAAAAGAGAAAUUGAAACUUUUGAUGCCGCCAUCUUGUUGAUCAGAAACCCUUACAAGGCAUUGAUGGCGGAGUUUAAUAGAAAGCGCGCUGGUCAUCUGGGAUAUGCAUCGGAGCGCCACUGGAAGAGCAAAGAAUGGCCUGAGUUUGUGAACACUUAUGCCUCCUGGUGGGCCUCCCAUACUUUAGAUUGGUUGAAGUAUUGCAAUCGAGUGUUGGUGGUUCACUAUGAAGAUUUGAAGAAAAACCUGUUGCCCCAGUUGAAGCGGAUGGUGGAAUUCCUGAAUGUUACUGUGUCAGACGACAGGCUGUUGUGUGUUGAAACGCAAAAGGAUGGAAACUUCAAGCGAUCUGGCCUGAGGCAGAAGGAUUUUGAUCCAUUCACCCUUGAAAUGAAGAGUGUAAUUAAUAGUUACAUUGAGAUGGUGGAUCAGGCUCUCAAAAUGAAAAAUCUUACAGGCCUACCAGAGGAAUAUCUGCCCAGAUGAUGUAGCUAAAGAGGUAAACUAUGUGCCACCACUUCAAGCCUGCAUUCUCCUAAGUUACUGCCAGGCUGAUAACUAUUACAAGAACAAAAGAGAGAAUAAAGAUUAGCGUGUUGUAACAAGAAUAGAUCAAUAGCCUCACAUGCUGUAGAGGACAGGGAUCUUGGGUCAUGGAGAAGUGUGUUUUAUUUAAUUGGAUUGUGCAACACAAAAUAUUUUGACCUAAGCCCUGUUUUCAUGUUUCUCUGGAAUUUUUAUAGCAGUUAGAUGUCCUGUAUCUCUUUCCAUUCCAAGAUAUCUUCCCACACAGUAAGACCGAAAUAUGAAAGUAUUCGUGGCCUAUUUACAAUAACAUACAAUUCAGUUUUUUUAAAUAACAUGGAAAUAUUUUCCAACAGCUCAUCCAGACAUCCCCAUGAGGUGAUUGUGAAAACAUUGACCGUUUCAUUAUAAAUGUAAGUUAAAUUAUAAAUGAGAAAGGAGCUGUUGCCCUUUGUGAUUAAUGGUCUAUUGUAGCAAAGAUUCACUUGAAAAGGUUUAACUCUUUGUUUUACUGUGAAAAUAGAAACAGAAGUCAAUUAAAUAAAAAUCACUGAAUGAUGCCUUCAAGCCUAGAAAUUGCUGUUUGCUAUAAGAAUGCAUCUAUGUGAAAUUCUUCUGUCUGCUAAUUAAAUGAAAAUAUUAGCUCAUUUACUUUCAAUUAGUGGACAGAGGAAUACCAUAAAAUUGUGUUUAAACAUUUGGACAUUAAAAUCAAAGAGUAACUUUUAAGCUGUAGUAUCUGAAAAAUCUAGUUCUACUUCCUCAUUUAGCACAUUUUUCUUCUAUCCUUUUCUUAUUUGCUUUUGUAAAUUGGAUCAGCUCACUAAUCUCCAGUGCAACUAUUUGCCUUAAAAUAAACCUGUAAAGGACCUUUCAAAACAUGUGAUUGAAACUGAUUACAGCAUUUCUGGUUCAUGUAUUUCCCUAUUUAGUUUCAGGAAAUAAGUUAAAAUGUGAUCAUUCUGAAGACAAAAAAAAAGCUGUAAAAGGUGACCUCACACAGCAUGUCUGAGUUUAGUGUUAUUAUCAUAAUGCAUCAAAUACUAGAUAAAGCUCUCAAAAACAGAAAUUCCUGGAGGAACUCAACAGUUCGUGGAAAGAGAAUAGAAUUAAUGUUUCGAGUCCAGUGACCCUUCUUCAGAACUGUGUAGUAAAGAAGGGUCACUGGACUUGGAAACAUUAACACUGCUUUCUUCCCACAGAAGGUGCCAGACCUGUUGAGUUUCUCCAACAACUUGUGUUUUUGUUUGUUUCAGAUCUCUAGCAUUUGCAGUUCUCUGUUUUACUUGAGCAGAGAAAACUUCAUCCUUAAGUGACAAAAUGACCAUAAUCCUAGUGAUUUACUUUGAUAUGCCAAGAGUUAGUGGCCUAGGUACAGGUACUUUAGUUGAGUGGUUGGUGCAAAUUUUAGGCAGCUGUACAUUUUAUUCAUUAGUGCCAAUCCACAGUUGGCUCAAGACUGCAGUUGCCAGAUUGACGUCUGUACCUAUAUGUACAAAACCAUUGAAUGUGUUGCCAGUUCAGAAGUGAGAUCUGCACACGUUCUGUUCACUCAACAGAGUCAAAAUUAGAAAAGCACUGGCUGGAUUUGUCUAAUAUCCUUCUUACUGGUCUCUCAGAUUUUAUCUCCCACACAAUGCUGAUACCAAUACCAGAAAAGAUCCCAUUCACGCAUUUACUCCUUUAACUUGCAAUUCUCUCCCAGCUUUCCAUUCUACAGUGUAUUCACCUCAAAAUUCUUGACUUCACAUUGAAAUGUUAUUGCUCUUAUCAAACCCUUUGUCUUUCCAACUGUUCCCUGACGGAUCCACCUUACCAUCAGUGGAAGAUCCUUCAGUCAUCUCAGCUCCACUCUGGAAUGGCCACUCUUUAAAACUCACCAGCUCGCUACCUAUCUCACCACCAUCCCAAACUCCCUUAAAACCUAUGGGCAACUUUCUAACUGAAAUAACGAUAGAUAAACGUAAGUUGUUGUAGUUAUUUCCAUUUCAAAUCCUUUGCUAACAUUAAAAGAAUUGGGGUGGCUGUAAUCUUUAAAAAUAAUCAAAUUACCAUUUGAACCUUUAUCUGAGUUGAAAUAGGUCAGAGACUCAAUAACUCAGUGAGUUAAGCUUUUCCAAAAUUCUUCAAGCUACUGUAGGAUAGCAUCACAUCGCACUGCUUGAUCAUUCUUGUCAGUUAAUUGUUAUGAGCUAGUUGAAUAACUGCAAACAAUUUCUUGUACUGGCAUUGCCCAGACUCUUGAUUAACUGUGGUUCAGUUUAUGUGAUGCAAUUUACGAUGUGGAAACUGGCCAAACUUAUUUCAAUAUAAUUCUCUACUUUGAAUUCCAAUUUGUGAGUCACUGUAAUAUUGUUGCUCAAAUAAUUUUAUGGUUAUAAAUGUAAAUAGCAUUAGUCCCUGCGCUUGUUAAUGCAAUUAACCGAACAGCCACUACAUGGGAGUUGCAAGGCAAGUUUAUUAUAGUGGAGACUUAUAGCAAAUCCUUCUGAGCAGAUUAUAUCCUCCUGUUUUCUGAGGACAGGCAGCAGAUGAGGUAGGUUUUCAACGUGAGGAAAACUGGCAUGAGUUAUAAGAAUUUAAUUUUUUUUCUGGGAAGUUAAAAAGCCAACCUUUGGAAUCCUUCCUGAUUCUGCAUUUGUUUAAAAUGAGUCAUUAUGACGGGAAAACACUAGUGACCCCCUCUCUGGAAACUUGAACAGCUCAAUUGUUUUGUGAGAAUUAAUUUUGAGAAUAAUCUCCCUAAAAUGUUGAAUUAUUUACUUCCUCUCAGGCUAUCAGCCGCAUCUUUGCCUCUUUUGACUUGAAGAUAUUACCAAGCUUAAAAUUGA